AUGUUUGGUGGGCGCAAAGCAGAAAGCCCGCGGGUCCCCAGCCCCUGGGAUCCAUUCCUUCCUUCGCCACCCAGCGAGGAAGUCUGCAAACGGUCCCGCAAAGGAGUGCCGAAGCUAGUUCCAGAGGUUGAAGAGGGCAAUGUAGAGUACAAGCUCCGGUUGACCCAUAUCACUCCUGCUCGUUUCGCUCGACUUGUCACGCAGCUCAAAUGGAGACUCCUAGAAGGCGGGGGUCAGGCUUACUACGAGCUUGGCGUUGCAGACUCUGGCGCUCUUAUCGGCCUGUCUCGCGAUGACCUUGAGGAAUCCCUCGAGACGCUUGAAAUGAUGGCAGGUGAAAUCGGAGCCUCGGUCAUCGUGGUGAAGGAAAUUGAGGUUCCUCCUGUCAUUUCUGCCAUGGCAGAUGAAGCGCAGAAGUAUUUAGAUCCGAACACAGGAGAAUGGACGAGAAAGAUGAAGAGGAAGCUGGUAUACACUGGCGACGAGAGCUCUCUGACUACGACCGAGACCGAGACCGAGCUGUCUACCACGGAUUGGACAGACAAUGAUGACGGCUUGUCGUCAACGUCUGGACUUAUAACCCCCGCAGACUCUUUACGUGCGUCUCCUUAUCCUGUGAACAGCCGACCUUUUGCCCAUCGCGUCUCCUCUAAUCCCAAUCGACCCAAUGUCCAGUCUUCGCCGUUUAUCGCCCCUUUGGAUGAUGAUCUGGCGCUGUUCUCCAUGGAGCCCGAGCCGGCUUUCCCCUCAGAAUCGGAGGACGGAGGAGCUGAGGACGAGGAUGCUUCCAUUCCCUCGAUCGCAAUUAAUUUGGAGAUUGCGUCUGUUUACAAGCCCAGACCCAUCCGAAAUCGUGGGCAUACUGUGCCCAAUAGCUUUGUCAACGGUGCUAUUCCUCUGUACGGUCGGCACGCUCGUAGACAGAAGUUCAGGGAGAAGGAGAAGAAAGUUCAGCCGUGGCACAAAACAGCCGUCCAGAUUGAAACCCCUUCUGUUGAUGCCCCCGGCACCAUGGCGUCCAUCCCAGUCAAGCAAGAGAGAGCUCGCAGUCGCCAGCUUGCUCGCGACAAACACAGAGAAGAGAAACGGAGAGUUUUCCUGGCGAAGAGCGGCUCCAUUGCUGACGGUGAUGUAUUGUCCACAACCGUACCUUCUCCGUUCACAAACCGACCUGCAGUGGGUGACUCGGGUGUCACGGACCUCGUGUCUGGUCUUGGAGCCUUCCAUGUUAUUGUUGACUCCACCACUUCGACAGCGGCCGCAGGAGCGUAUCCUCGAGGCGACGUCGCCGCGCCGGUAGAUCUGGCUGAAGCCGACGCCCAGCAAGAGAAGAUUGAUAUUGAAGAUCGAGAGCCACGACUCAUAGUUGAGGCCUUGGUCGUGAGGAAAUUGUCUAUUGAAGAAGCGUGUUUGGACUUUGGGGGAUUCCAGCUUGUUUCUGUCUGA